AUGGAGCUUCAACGUCGCGAUCUUUUACUCGCAGGUGUCGGUGGAUUCAUUGCUUGGGGACUAUUAGUGAGCUGGUGGCCUGUCCUCCGGUACCUGGGAUAUGCGCUGGCGCUGGGUGUCGCCCUGUCAUCUGCUAGCUUUAUCGCCCUAGUGAUAUUGACUACCCGAAAUGAAAAUGGAAGGCCUAGAAGAACAAAAAGCGCUUCCAUCGCAUUCAUCAAACCAAUACACUGGCGCAAAGAACUGUUCAAUGUGCGUAAAAGCACACAAUAUCGCGCUAAACCUCUUUAUCCCCAAUCCUUUGUCGUAUCAGAAAGCAUCGACGAACUCCUGUCUUUUAUAACCCGGGACUUCAUCUCAUCAUGGUAUCACAACAUCACUCCGAGUCCGGUAUUUGGAAAUGAAGUCGAUCGAGUCAUUCGUGUUGCCCUCGAAAAGUUUCGAGAUAAGCUGCUGGCUGAGGACCUGACCUCUUUGGUUGUGUCGAGGAUAUUUCCAAUUGUGACAACCCACCUGAAAGAAUUUGAUGUAGCUGAACGCUCAGUGCGCGGCCGAAAUCUCAACCGUAAAGUGACCGAAUCUGAGGAGCUCGAUCUGGCCAUUGCCAAUAAAUUUCGCGAGGGUCGCUUACAUCCAGUGGUGGACCUCUCUUCUUCUGAUCCAAAGCCCAGACAACAGGAGUAUUUACGCAAGAUGACAGUGGGACUUCUCCCUCAACUAUUUCCAGAGAGCGUACUGAAGAGCAAAAUUGUCUCCGUGCUGGUUCGUGAGAUUAUCGCAUGCGCGAUUCUUGUUCCACUGGCAACUGCCUUGUCAGAUCCUGAUACCUGGAAUCAACUAGUGGAGGCAUAUGGACGCACGGCUCUUCAGGAUCGGAAAACUGUGCGGAAACUUCGAGCUGCUCUGGAUGAGCAUGCGUCUGUUAUUCCCAAAUCCAAACGUGGACAACCAUUUCCAAAACUUGCAGCACAUGAUUCUGAACGGGCCUUUGAACGCUUUGUUCGAACCAUUAGGCGCUGCCAGAAUUUAUCUGAUGCUCGCCGAUUCCGGGCCCUCGUUGCCAGUCAGUUGAAGCGAGAGAGCAUGGUUGUUGAUCAAGAUCAGGUCUAUCUUCGGCGCUUAGAAACCGGAAAAAGAGUUCUGGAUCAAAAAGUAGCAAAACUCUCUACCCCGGGAGAUGCUGCGCAUAUUCUCCCUCCCACUCCUACCUCUCAUGAACCAAAUCCUGCCCUUCACAAAUCCUCCCUAGUGGAUGUGAUGCACAACGCGUCAGGUCUUUCAUACUUCAUGGAGUUUAUGGAUCGCCAACAUAUGAUGCCGCUUGUCCAAUUUUGGAUCGUCGUGGACGGCUUCCGCAACCCAUUGGAGGAUGACUUCGGAGAUGAAGGCUCACCCACUUCAUUUAAGUGGACUACUGCCGAUCGAAAUGACCUUUCACUCAUCUAUGAGACAUAUCUCUCAAAGCCAGAGCUCAAGGUUCCCGCGGAGUCCCGUCGUACUGUCAAGAUCUUUCUCAAUGCCGGGAAGCGUGCAACUCCCGAGCAGUAUCACAAAGCGCGGACAGUGGUAUUGACUACGCAGUCGGCUGUUCUUGAGGAGAUGGAGAGCAUUUAUUACUCAAAAUUUAAGGAAUCAGAUCUUUACUGGAAGUACCUUGCAUCAGAUCAAAGCGCAACUUGCCAGCCAUCCCCCAAAGCUGUUUCAUUUGACCCUCCUGAAAGACGACCUCUUCCUCCUCUUCUUAUACGAACAUCUUCUCAGCAAGCUCCAAGGGGAGCAAAGGACCUCCGAAGAGCUGCUGUCUCCUCCAGUGAUGUGCGAGCCAUGGGCAAGAUGUUUGACGAUGAUGAUUCCUCACGGCGAUCUAUAGACUCUGAACGAUCUGCACCUCUUUUUGACGACGACUAUGAUACAGAUAACCUGGCAAUGUCCACCAAUAGCCUGGGUAGGGAUUCUCAAAAUGGUGAUAAUGACGCAACCCGAAGCCGGGUUCUUGAAAACAUGGAAGCAGCUCUCAAUGAUAUUAUCACCAACGAGCCAAAGAAUGGCCGAGUAGAAGAGCUGAAAGGCAGCGAGGCAUCCUCUUCCUCUUUGUUUGGGUUUGAACAACCCGACAACUCUCGCCGUCGAGGCUCAUCCGAUUCUUCGCGCACUGACACCCGAUCAAAUGAGAAGACUAAGAAGAGUAUCUCAUCUUUGGGCCUGAUCGACCAUGGAUCAAGACAGGGUGUUUUCGAAGAUGAUCUUUUCCCAGAUCAACGGAAAUUCAUUGAGGAUGAAUACGAUGAGCCCAUGGGGACCGAUGAAAAGGAUCCAGCAGACGAUAUUCACGAGGCUGCACCCGGUGACCUUGGGCUCACUGAGGCGAUUGAAGCUCUCACCACAGAAAUUGACAAGCUUACCUCCCAAGACUCAGUGGUCGAAGCGCUGACGCGAAAGGCUGAACUAACCAAUAACACAUCUGAGCUACGAAUCUUGCGCAAGUCCAAGGCCAGCAUACAGCGUGAAAUCCACCGCAAGGAAAUGCAACGACAGCAGUAUAUCAUUCAAGAGAGUGAUAAUAGUCUACACGGCCGGUCAACGGUUCGCAUCAAAUCAAUCGUGGUAGGAAAGGAGGAGGCUGAUGGUCGUGAAUUUGCCAUAUAUGUUGUUGAAGUUCAACGCAACGCCGGCGAGCAAAUGCCUGCUGCUUCGUGGGCGGUUGCACGCAGAUACAGUGAAUUCCAUGAACUCAACCAGAAACUACGUAUGAGCUAUCCGUCAGUUCGACAACUGGAAUUUCCUCGUCGACGUGUUGUUAUGAAACUCCAGAAGGAAUUUCUCCAAAAACGGCGAUUGGCCCUCGAAGCGUACUUGCAGAAACUACUUCUUCUACCAGAAGUCUGCCGCAGCCGUGACCUGCGUGCUUUUCUCUCCCAACGCGCUAUCAUACCUCGCAAGGAAGUAAACUCUCGCGGCGGUGAUGGCGAAACCAAGGACCUUGUGACUAGAAUCUACAAUUCAGUCGCAGACGGCAUGGAUGACUUCCUUGGAAACUUCGGCGUCCUCGACCAGCUCUCAACCGCCGGCCAGAAUCUCAUAUCGGCUGCAACCCAACACUCCAACUCUCUGACCACUCACGACCCCGCCCUUGCGACAGAAGAUGCCGUCACAACGGCUGAGGCAGAAGCCGAGUUGAACGCUUUUGAAGACCGCGAACUUGAGCCCUUCAUCAAACCUAUAUGUGACCUUUUCCUCGAAGCGUUCGAGCUGAACCGCGGAAAUAAUUGGCUGCGUGGCCGUGCUGUUGUCGUUGUGCUACACCAACUGCUCGGUGGCACCAUCGAGCGCAAGGUUCGUGACGGUGCCCGCUCUCUAUUCCAUGAGGAUUCACUGCUCCGGUACAUCACCCUUGCCCGCAACGUGAUGUGGCCAGGUGGUGUGCUCCGCAAAAGCGCCCUUCGCUCCACAGCCGAUCGCAAUAAAAGCCGUGCUGAAGCUACCGUUGUUCUAGCCACUCUUAUCCCAGACUUAGCAGGUAACGUUGUCGGCCGUGCCAAUGCGCAAGCUGCCGCACGCCGCAUCUUUGCUAUGUUGAACAACGAACCACUCAAUACUCAUCUUGCUUUUACCAUUCUUGACGAAAUCAUCCUGGUGCUCUUUGGCAGUCGGGAGACUGGCCGCUCUCGAUGA